AUGCACGUACCCGCUUUUGUCCCACGAGGUAGCUUACUACUAUUGUACGCAUCAAUCUUCAACGUUUCCGAGUUCCACAACAAGAAUCUCCACCUCAAAUUCCCCUCCAUCGACUGGAACGAGGCGCGACUCGUCGGCGAAGGUGACCCGGAGUGGGGCAUGGGAUACCUCGGCGCACCUCAGCUCCUGCCCGGCCUCCCUUGCCUGUCCACGUGA